CACCCCACAAAGUGUGAAUACCAUGGCCACCAUUGCCCAAGCGAUAUGGUGCCCUGUGGUGCUCCCAUUCGAACGUGACAUGAGUCGCUUGGGCGCUUAAUCCACCAAUGUUAUGACCCUGGUUGGUGAAGAAAUGUGCCUAGAGGCACGAGUUCUAACAUGUCCAACCGACCAUGGUCCGCAAUUGAAAGGGCACAAUAUUCCCCAAACUCCCCCAUAACCUUUCUCCCUCCUCCACCACCACGAAGGGAUGGCCGACCUGCGGUCUCUCCAGCGCGACCUGCGAGUGUCCUGGGCCUGUCAUCCUUCAGCGUCGACACGUCCAGCCCUCAUGGAAUAUUGACCGAAACUCCCAUUUCUGCAACUUCAUUGCGUGGCCAGUACUCUCCAUCUUAUGUCCCUUCGCCGGGUUUGAGCCCACAUACUCGGCUACCUAUGGCCGGCAGGUCAUCAGGACAAUACAGUUUGCCUUAUGACCCCAGACAAUGGGCUGGGGGAAGCCGACAAUCCUCGACAUUGCUAGAAAGUCGAGAUGUCGGUUCAAGGCCUGAGGAUGGCGUUGCGAGCCCUCCUCCUCCAUACUCCGCCCCUCCGUCCGAAGCUGCUGCACUCCCCAGCGCAGGAUCAACGAUAUCUCCAGCUGAUUCGACAUUUACUGCGGGUGGCCCGUCACGAUCAGAUACACCUACAAGCGUGUUAUCGCCAUUGAAUCCCGCUUCCCAAAGUGUUGACGACAAUGCUCUGCGAUUCAGCAGUGGACACUCCGCUCCCCGUGGGAAUCAUGCUCGGUCGAGACCGGCGUCGUCCAUUAGUGCAACCAGACCUGCCUCUGUCAUAUCUCUUUCUAUAAACACAGCAGCAGCUCAACAAAGUUUCGCGUCGUCUAUCUCGCGGCAGGACCAGUACGACACCAGGUCAAUACCAGGUCCUCCUGCAGCGAAAAGAGCUGCUUCGACGGGAGCAGUUUCCUCCCAGGCGGCUUUCAGUACGAACCAAGGUGGGUCGUCGUCUCGGUCAUCUUCAAGACAACCUAGUUGGCAACCUGGAAUGCCAUUGCCUGGUCCGCCUCCAGGACCUCCGCCAUCCUCAACCAGAUCUCAGAGUGCAACAGGCGACCGCAUACUUCCUGUGACACAAGUGCCAGGACCGUCCGGUCGACCUCAACAACAUCGCACUUCGUAUCGCGCACCAAUUCUUAGCCCUCUACCACCUACUCCUGCCAACUGGCGAGAGGAAUCCAGCUCUCGUGCCAAUCAUAGGACGCCAAUAGCGCUUCACAUAGAUACAAGCAAUCUCGAUCGACAAGGUCGCGCGACAGCUGGAUUGAGUCGUAGUGCUGCAAUGCGGGUAUCUUCGGCAAAAGGUCUGCUCGAGCGAAGAAAGAAUAGGCGAAGCUCUCAGGAAGACCAGUCUGCAGCGGAAUUGAGUGCUUUGACCAUCGAGACUGAGCCAUGGUCGGAGACCAGGAGUCCGUCGAGCAUGAGCUUUGACCGCUCACCAACUCUCGAGUCGCUCUUGACGGGACCCUCCAGUCCCACGACCGACAGAAGGGGCUUCCGUGGUGCGAACAAGAGGCCUCUAACACCCAUGUUCCCUGUCAAAGCUUCACCAACACCUCCCUCGAGCCAUCGCAACCCAGCCUCUGCCCACAGCGCCCUCCCCUCCAAUGCACCUUCGGUAUUCGAGAUGGCUAUGGGAGAGCCUGAUCGCUUCAUCGAGGAAGCUGCACGCCGGCAUCGCGAGUUUCUCGACCGCGAGAGUCGGGCAGACACAGACCUGGAGCGUUUGGAAUUCUUCAUGGAGUUCGUGACGGCGGAGUUCCAGAUCCGCAGGACGCGGUACCCCAAGCCCUUUGAGGAUGGCAGCUUCGACACCGCCCAGAUCAAGGAUCGCUUGUUUUCGCAGAUGGCAGAUGGCACAACGCUGCCCACGCGGCUUAGCAGGGAUCGAAGCACACAUGCAAGGAGGAGUGGAGAGUCACCCCAGACUACUGAGGCUGGAUGGUGGAAAGACUACCGGCCGGCUCUAUCCCCAAUUGCCAGCAUGAGUAACGACGGAUUGAGUUCUCGUGGACGUACUGCCAGUCGAUGGUGGCAGUCCCAGAGCGGAUCAGAGAAGGAUGGAGCAGUGAAAAUGAUGAAACGCACAAAGCGGGAAUCUAAGUACAUGGGCUUGCCCUCACUCUCUCUUGAAGAAGUACUCUCUGAGACUGCAACACCUACGCAUAUUGAUGAGGUUUUUGAUGCCGAGGAGACCUAUCCUGAAGAAAAGGCUGAUCCAGCAACAUUCGGUAUUUACGACGAAGACGGGGACAAUCAACUCGCCAACAACACCCCUCGGCAAAGGCAUGAGCCACCUGGACUGGACAUUUCCAGAUUCAUCACGCUCCCUCCACCGUAUCCGAGACACUAUCCUGCUGUCAACAACAGUCAUCCCACCCUGUCUUCGUAUCGACACGCGGUCAGGAAGUUGAGUGACCUGAGUGAAAUCGAACAACGAAGAUCCCAGCAUCGACUCAGCGUAGAUGAAUUGAGACAAGAGCACAAGCAAAGAGUGACCGAGGGCCAGAAAGCUUUCAAGGCUAAUAUUCAGGUGCAAGUUGCCGAGGGUAGCAUCACUUACGCAGAGGCCGCCGAAGCUGAGCAAGCCCUACGAAUGGAAGAAAAUGCGGCCGAGAAGGCAUGCUUGCAAGCCGAAUUUGACGUCCUUCAAGACACAGUGAUAAACCCUAUGCACGAUAUGCUCAACGACCGUGCCUCGCAGUUGAGUACCCAUAUCAACGAGUUGAGCGAGAAGCUGGUUGAUGACAUGCAUACUUUGGACCUGGAUCGACCACAACAAGAAGGUGACGCUAUGCCAGAGACGCUCGAAUAUCUCACGCAGCUCAAGUGGCUCUUUGAGAGUCGAGAGAACAUUCACAAAGAAAUCUUCCAUCUUCUCCGCGAACGCAACGACAAAUACAAAGCCAUUGUCUUGUUGCCAUAUCAUCAAGUCAACAAUGUAGACAAGAUCCGAGACACUGAGGACUUCUUCGCACGAGACAGCUUCCAGCGGCGCAACGAGUUCGAAAAAGAGGCAUCAGGACGGUAUCGAGCUUUCGUCAACCUUGUUGCGGAAAACGUCGGACAGGAAGUCGAGCUCCAAUCAUCAGCAUUUUGGGACAUUGCUCCGGGCUUGCUGGACUUGGUCCAAAGGAUUCCCGGAGAAGUCGAUCAUUUGGGUCCAAUUGCCAUUCCUGAGGCAGAGUACUUGGAAAAUCCAGUAUAUCAUGAAUACCCACAACAAUAUCUGUACUCACUGCUCGACCACACCGAGAAGUCGACCUAUCAGUUCAUUGAAUCACAAAUCAACCUACAAUGCCUGCUUCACGAGGUCAAGAGUGGUCUACUUGGAGCCGAAUGUAGAGCUGCGGAAGCGAGCCGGGCACGCGCUGAACUUGAUGGUCGAGUAUCAGGUACUGAUCCCAGAGAAAUGCAGGUGAAGCGAGCUGAGUCGGCUACGGCUGAGUUGAAGCAGCAAGUGAGCAUGAUUGAGGAACAAUGGUUGGAAGCCCUGGGCGGCGCACUGCAGAGCAAGAAGAGACAAGUCAAAUCCUUCUUGGAGAUCAUGGGAGGAUGGGACGAAUCCAUACAAGGAUGUGAAUGAAUCGGACGAUUAACGACUGAAUGAACGAAUACAACCUUUUGCAUUCGCUGAUCUCCCUCGUGCAUGCGUUCUGGUGUACCCGGAACGUGCAAUGCGUGGCAGAGUGCCGACUUGCCGAACAGAGACUUCCAGCCUUUCUC